GUCUGCCAUGUGGGCGCCUCCGCUGCGCACGCUGCAGCUGCUGCUCCUGCUGGAUGCGACGUGGGCGCGGGCAGGCGCCCCGCGCUGCACCUACACCUUCGUGCUGCCGCAGCAGAAGUUCACGGGCGCCGUGUGCUGGAGCGGGCCGUCUGCCGCGCGCCCGGCCGCGGAGGCCGUGAACGCCAGCGAGGUAGCGGCGCUGCGCAUGCGCGUGGGCCGCCACGAGGAACUGCUGCGCGAACUUCAGCGACUGGCCGCGGCCGACGGCGCCGUGGCGGGAGAGGUGCGCGCGCUCCGCAAAGAGAGCCGCGGCCUGAGCGCGCGCCUGGGCCAGUUGCGCGCGCAGCUGCAGCACGAGGCGGGCCCGGGGGCGGGGCCAGGCCCGGGGCCCGAGCCCGCUGCGGUGCUGGCGCUGCUUGGGGAGCGCGUGCUCAACGUGUCAGCAGAGGCGCAGCGCGCCGCAGCCCGCUUCCAUCAGCUGGAUGUCAAGUUCCGGGAGCUGGCGCAGCUGGUCACCCAGCAGAGUGGCCUCAUCGCCCGCCUGGAGCGCCUGUGCCCGGGGGGCACGGGCGGGCAGCAGCAGGUCCUGCCACCACCCCUGGCGCCUGUGGUUCCUGUCAGUCUGGUGGGUGGCACUAACGACACCAGCAGAAGGCUAGACCCAGCUCCAGAGCCCCAGAGAGACCAGACCCUGAGACAGCAGGGCCCCUUGGCCUCUCCCAUGCCCGCAGGGCACCCUGCUGUCCCCACCAAGCCAACAGGUCCGUGGCAGGAUUGUGCAGAGGCCCACCAGGCGGGCCACAGGCAGAGUGGUGUGUAUGAGCUGCGACUGGGCCGGCAUGUAGUAUCAGUGUGGUGUGAGCAACAGCUGGAGGGUGGAGGCUGGACGGUGAUCCAAAGGCGGCAAGACGGCUCUGUCAAUUUCUUCACCACCUGGCAGCACUACAAGGUGGGCUUUGGGCAGCCUGAUGGGGAAUACUGGCUGGGCCUGGAACCUGUGCAUCAGCUGACCAGCCGUGGGGACCAUGAGUUGCUGGUGCUCCUGGAGGACUGGGGAGGGCGUGGGGCACGAGCCCAUUAUGAUGGUUUCUCCUUGGAGCCUGAGAGUGACCACUAUCGCCUUCGGCUUGGCCAGUACUAUGGAGAUGCUGGAGACUCUCUUUCCUGGCACAAUGACAAGCCUUUCAGCACCGUGGAUAGGGACCGAGACUCCUAUUCUGGUAACUGUGCCCUGUACCAGCGGGGAGGCUGGUGGUACCACGCCUGUGCCCACUCGAACCUCAAUGGCGUGUGGCACCGCGGUGGCCAUUACCGCAGCCGCUACCAAGAUGGUGUCUACUGGGCUGAGUUUCGUGGCGGGGCUUACUCUCUCAAGAAGGCUGCCAUGCUGAUCCGGCCCCUGAGGCUGUGACCAUCUGUCCAUCCAUCCC